AACCAUUGGCCUUUCCAAAACCGUCCCAGACGACGAGCAAAUAUGGCUCCUUUUGAGAAAUCCAUGGAGAUGACGCCCUUCAAGCAGAGGAAAUGCCUCGCGACGAGAAAAGAUGAAGUGUGCAAUAUUCGGUCUAAAUUCCCCAACAAGCUGCCAGUGAUAGUAGAACGUUACAUCAGAGAGAAAAGCCUCCCACUGCUGGACAAAACAAAGUUUCUGGUUCCCUUUGAGCUAACGUUGGGUCAGUUCCUCUGCCUUCUCAGGAAUAAGAUCGAUCUGGACCAGACCCAGACGCUGUUCCUCCUGGUGGCAGAGCGGAGCAUGUCCUGCAUGUCCUCCAGUAUGGGGGACAUCUACUCCCGCUUCAGAGACGCUGACGGCUUCCUGUACAUCACCUACGCCUCUCAGGAGGCGUUCGGAGCGCCUCGGUCAGCAGACAAGCCGCCUCACCGAGGCAGAUUUUAACUAAAUUAACUGAAAUCAACAAGGGACUAACUGAGCCAAAUGAGACACACUUUUAAAAUCCAGCACAUCUUCCUACCUCAAUCAACUUUCGAAGACCUCGUCUCAAACUUCGUUGACAUUAGAGGACAACGUGAUGAAAACUCCAGCCAAAACUUACAUAAUGUAGACAAACAUUUUGUUUUUAAUUGAAAAAUAUCCCUUGGAUUUUUUUUACCCAUGUUCAUAUUAUAUAAAAUUAUUGUACUUUGUAAUGUUUUUUCUUUCUGUUGAAAGCUUUGAAAUGUGUGCUCUUGCAUUUUCCACUCUGUUGCAACGUCAGCUCAUUAUGAAUCCAUCUAAAGCCACCAAACUGUCUCCCGUCUGAGCACUUAUUUCUUCUUUUUAUUCCCUUUUUAUUUAAAAAAUAUACUUCCUCAGCUUCCCUCAAAAAAUGUGAAACCCCUCCCUCAGGCUCAUUAUUAAACACAGAAGCGCUUUUAUGUGUCUGUGCUGUUCUGAUGUGUUCUGAGC